CGAGAACAAUCCCAAACCUUAGAGUUGCAUGUAACCUUAUUUUCGCGGGAACGUAAUUUCCGCUUAGCUUGUUUGUAAACAAAUAAUUAAAAAUAAAUUCCACUAACAGAAAAUGGGCGAAAAGGAAAAGGAAGAUUCAUCACUACUUGGAAAGUACUGUGUGGACCUUGAUGUACCAGCGUCCAUUAAAUCAAAGGCGUUACAGUUGUGGAAAGAAGUAAAAGAUGUUAGUAGUGAGCAUGACAGUGGAAGUGUUCAAGCACUUCAAUGGAUCCCAGUUGUAAUAUAUGUUGCUGCAAUAGAAUCCAGUCAGCCCUAUGGCCCAGAGGAUCCUCACAGUGAUAAAUCCAGUCCAUGUUGCAGUCUUGGGGCUAUACUGAAGGCCUCAGAUCUCAAUUUUAUAAAGUUUUCGGAGUUGAUGAGGCAUUUCCGUGACCGAGUUGAUCUCAGCGAGGUGGUUCGACAACACUUCAGCAGUGUUGAGAAGAGAUACUGUAUUAUCUCUCCACUAUUCCACAGGUUUGACAGAGAAUGGGGCACUGUGUUCAGAGAAGAAGACCAGGAACAGUCUGUAGAUGAAACAGAAACUGUGCAGGAUCCAAAGAAGCUGUGUUGGCUGCUAUUCUUAAAUGCAAAAGAUGACAUACUGUCUGGAACAGAGGAGUUGAUACAGACCUACCACCUGUUGUUGUGCUGUCUGGAGUUUAUACUGAGGGAUUCACCCGCCUUCUUGUUACACCCACCUUUUGACUCGUUGAAGCUUGAGCACAGUGCCAUAGGAGGGAGCUCUCCAAGUCUCAACUUUGUGCAGAGGCUGGCAGAGAAAUUCCACACAAGUUUAGACGAGCUGCAGGCUAUGCAGACUACCACCCAGACCUACUUUGAGAGUUUGAAGGCAGCAAAUGGAAACCUGGAUGUCACGUAUCUUGAGAACCAGUAUGUCAGUCGACAGAAAGAGUCCGGGGGCCUGGAUGAGUUAUUGUAUCUUCAGCACGAGGCCACACUCAUGCCUAACAAUUUUUCACGUGUGCAAUCAGGUAGCUCCACCCACAAUGGCCUGGAUACCCCAGUGACUCCAGUGCGUGCAGCCAUGAACACUGUACAGCAACUGAAAAACCUCAUCUCCGCCAACACGGACCAUCUACAGCCGCUCAGGGAACAUUUCCAGAACUGUGCCAGCAACCCUGAGAGGUCAAUCACAGAUCGAGCUUCACAGAUGAAGCUAAAGUUUCUUUCUCACUACCUGGAGACUUCCGGCAAUGGUCAGGGUGCAGUUGCCGAGCAACGGUACAGGCAGGCAACCAACCUGUACUACCGGGUCAUGAAGAGACUCCUCGACAUUGAGAGGGAAAGGUUGGCGCCUCUAAAGGACUUUAGCAGCCUUCUGAACAACGAUGUCUUUCAUCGCUCAUUGCUCGCGUGUUCAACAGAGAUUGUCCUAACUACAUACAAUGUAUCUUGGUCGAUGACUCACUCAGUUCUGAACAGCGGCGACAGCAAGUUCCAUUUCCCCUGGGUGCUUGACGUGUUUGAGCUGUACGCCUUUGACUUCUACAAAGUACUGGAAAGCUACCUGAAAGCUGAGCCAAAUCUUACUAGGGAUAUUAUCAAGCAUUUGACGUCCAUAGAGAACAGAAUACUUGACAGUGUUGCCUGGCAGUCAGACUCGCCAGUAUUUGAUCUCCUAUCCCGGUGUGGUGCCAUGUCUGUGUUAUAUUGCAGGACUCGCCAGUAUUUGAUCUCCUAUCCCAGUGUGGUGCCAUGUCUGUGUUAUAUUGCAGGACUCGCCAUGUGGUGCCAUGUCUGUGUUAUAUUACAGGACUCUCCAGUAUUUGAUCUCCUAUCCGGGUGUGGUGCCAUGUCUGUGUUAUAUUACAGGACUCUCCAGAUUCGCCAGUCUUUGAUCUCCUAUCCCGGUGUGUCGCCAGUAUUUGAUCUCCUAUCCCGGUGUGGUGCCAUGAGCAGUGCGUAUGUGUCUCCGUGCAAUGACCUCAUUUCUGCAGAAAACAACAACGCAGCAAAGGCAGCUGAAAUCUACAUGUCCCCAAGUCGAGGCCAGGCAACCAAGGGUACUCACCCUGGCCACAUCGUGAUAAUGUCCCCUCGCAAGGGCGGGGUCAUAGGUGGGGUCACGAUGGCCUACAGCAAGGACAGCCCCGAGACCCGGGCCCCUGACACACCCAGACGAUCUCACGCACUCACCAUGUUCUUCAACAAAGUGUGUCGACUUGGCUACCACAGAUUAAAAACCUUGGCUGAUCUCUUGCGUAUUACCUCGGAAACUCAACAGAAGAUUUGGACAUGCUUUGAGUUUUGCAUCAUCAGUCGACCAGAACUUCUUAAAGACAGACAUCUGGAUCAGAUCAUGAUGUGCUCAGUGUAUGGGAUCUGCAAGGUGUCAGACUGUGAGAUUCGCUUUAAAGACAUCGUGAAAGAGUACAGCACCAUGUCCCAUGCCAUGUGUGACGUUUACAAGCAGGCUCUGUUGGAGAACGGCACCCAUGACUCCAUUAUCAGCUUCUACAACCGAGUGUUCAUGCAGUGUAUGAAGAACUACAUUCUGCAGUUUGCAAAACCAGUGGUAUGUUGUGAGAUGUGUCCAUAUACCUCACAACCCAACUUGUCCCCAUUGCCAAAGCCAGUAAAUUCUUCACUGAAUUCAUCCCCUGUCUAUAGUAUCCCUGGACGCAAGAAUUUCUACAUUUCACCGCUGAAGGAGUCGCCUUUCAAGCCCCCAAGUUCUCCAGGCAACAUGACACCAAGAUCUCGAAAACUCUACAGCUUUGGUGAACUGCUUGGCUCUGCAGAGAAGCUGAAGAGUAUCAAUGAGUCAAUGGCUGCAUUCAAGUCGAGAGGCAACCUGCCUUACGUAACCACGGUGAGGAGAACAUCAUCCAAGAGGCUCAGCUUUGAUGAGAUGCCCAGCUCUGACAUCAUCAAUGGAAAUGACAUCACUGAGCAGGAUGUGGUUGUGAAGAAGAAAAGAGUGACACCCCCUGCAGUUGUUUCUCUAUCAGCACCUGGGCAAAGGAAUGGAGAUACUGACAAGGAGAGUAAUAGCAAGUAAUUAUCUGCCCCUGCUGUGUGUAAGGGAGAGAAUUCGAAAUCGCAGCUGAUAGACAGAAAGUCUUCUUUUUCUUCUGUACUUUUGAUGUUGGCAAUGUCUUGAAUAUAUCAUUUAUGUUCAUAAAAGUUGUAUUUUAAAUGUAAUGUACUAUGUUUUUAAGAUGAUUAAUUUUGUUCUCGGACUCUUAUUAUUUUACCAGUUUACAUUUUGUCAUAGAAUUUCUUAGAUUGCAUAAUAUAACACUUUUAAAUUUGACUCCAUUUAUAGCUGGUUGCAUUCUUUUACGGUACAAUUUGAAAUAAGGUGUGUUUAAAUUUAUGAUGGAUAAACUUAAAUGAAUUUGUCCGCUAAAAAUAGUUCACUUCAUUGACUGUCAAAAGUUUUCUUUAAGUAUAUUUUGAAGUACUGGUGAUCGUUUCCUUGUGAAAUGCAGUUAUUUAUUAUAAUGUCAUAGCUAUAUGCGAAGAUGACUAUAUUUAUUAAAUGUUCACAUACAAUGAUUGAUGUUUUUGAAGGACUGAUUAU